AUGGUUACUUCGACCAAGUUUGCCUCGCUCGUUGGCAGCGUUACGCUGGCUUUUGUCCUUGCGAGCUCUCUUCACCCUGUCCACACGGCUCCUGUUGGACGCGUGAGGAGGCAAGAGACUGCUAGCGAUGCUACCACUACUCCAGCACCGGCUGGAUUCAUCUCGGUUGCUCAGCCGCAGAUGAGCGAGCAAGACAUCUACGCUGUUGGACUUCCAGAUGCGCCUGCAACUUCUGCGGCAGCUCCCACUGCCGACUCUCAGCUACAACAGCUGCAGCAGGUGCUUCAGGCUGCUACUCAAGGCGCGCUGUCCACUUCAAAUCACACGAUGGACGUUAUCAAUCACUGGGACCCUACGCCAUCCGUGGCGGGAGCUUGGGCUGCUGCUCCCGCUAGCGCUCCAGUGACGGCUUCCAACGCACAGCUUCCGGCUUCGGACUCGACCAUGACGGGGAAUCCUGACGAUGGGACUCUGUUUGAGCAGGUGAUUGGUACGCCUGCCGGCGCACCUGCUUCGACCGAUGCUGCGUUGAGCGGUAAUGCGGAUGAAGGUGCUGCGUUCAGGCAGAUCGUGGCUGAGCAGAUGCAACAGUUCGGUGCACAGGGCACCCAAGCUAGAAGACAGGUACAACAGCUCGAGGAUCAUGUCGAGCAGGUGGAACAGUCAGUGCUGGGUUCGGGUGUGCCAACGCCUGUCAGCGCGACCAUGGUACCGAGUGGUGCUUCUCCCGAGGCUAGUGCUGCUACUGGUAAUACUGCUGCUACUGCUGCCACUGGUGCUGUAAGCCCUAUUGCUUCGAACUUGGCAGGUGUGCCGGUCGCUCCUCCGGUGCCUAGUGACUUUAGUUCCCCUGUUACUAGCCCGGUUGGUGAUGCUGCGGUUCCGGCUGUUCCCAAUCCGGUCGCCAGCGCUUUGCCUUCGGCACCUGCGCUUCCCACAGAUGCAGUGCCUUCAGUUCCCGCAGCUCCCACGAGUGCAGUAUCGUCGGCGCCUGCGCUGCCUACGGGUGCAGUGCCCUCUGCUCCAGCUGUACCUUCGGUCUCGGCACCAGUGAGUGGUGUCCCCGCACUUCCCACGGGGGCUGUUCCUUCUGCUGUUCCUUCUGCUGUUCCUUCUGCUGUUCCCUCGGUCUCGCUUCCAUCUGUUCCCGCUCUGCCAGCCCUGGGUGGUCUUAAGGACGCCUCUGCAGCAGCAGCCACCACGGUGCUGCCCACGUCCAACGCCGACGCGACGCCGGUCGCGACGUCGAGUGCAGCUGUUGCCACCGGAGAUGUCACCAUGACGGUCACAGUGCCGUCGAAAGCGUCCCCAACGUCGCUUGCCAGCUUGGCGAAUGCUCUGGCCAACCACAGCAAGGACGAGAAUGAGGACGACACCGACUGGAAAACCAUGACGAUCCUCGUUCCCGCUGAGGCAUUUGGUGGCGUGCAGACGCAAGUCAACUCUGCUAUCAGCACUGCUUCUGCUGCUGUUGCAUCGAGCUCCACUGCUAGUGCUAGUGUCAGUGCCAGUACUAGCGCCAGUGCUAGUGCUAGUGGCGGCAAGGACUUGGUGAGCUCAUCGGCUUCGGCGAAGUCGACGUCGGCAACGCCGACGACAGCUCCGAUCAACUUGUCUUCGUUUUCGUCGAUCAAGCCACAGGCUACGCCUGCGGUACUCACGAUUCCGCUGACCGGUGUGAUUGGUGGUACGACGUACUCGACCAUGCUCACGUUUACGAUCCCUGGUUUUGGCGGAUCGGCAAGUACGGCGAGUAUUGCUUCCACUACAAGUGCGCUCAGCGGUUCGGCUACCGAGAAGGCUCAAACCGCAACAGCGAGCGCAAGCGCAAGCGUGACAGCAUCUCCAUCGAAAACUUCCUCGUCCACCAAGUCCAGUGCAACGUCGAGCAUCGACCCCAGCUACAUUCGCCCCGACGACAUCCCGCCUCUGCUUAAGAGCACCGCUACUGCUUCCAGCGCUACUCCUUCCUCAACAGCCGCCCCCAAAGACCCCUGGACCGCUUCUGACGCUACCGACCAAGACGAGGAUUGCGACGACGACCAAGACCAAGACGACGCUACGCCAACAACAACGUCGUCCAAGUCGUUGGUGUCCAAAGUCUGGGAUUGGGUCACUGGCAAACCACUCAACGAGCGCGAUUUGCCGAUGACUACGACUACUACUAUGAUGAUGAGGAGUUCUACGAUGCUCAUCAGUAGUUCGGACCAAUUCCAGCCAGGUUCGUGA